UAGGAGCCACACGCACUCUCCACCACUCUCCACCACCACCUCCCGCAAUCAAUAACCAUCCUUGGAAUCUGUACACAAUCUCCGCUAGCGUGAAAAUCGCCAAAUAAGAAAGCUUAUGAGAGCACAUUUGUUCGUUUCCCCCGUCGUAACGAGGAAGAAUGCGAGUGGCUGAUUGAGCAGUUACCUCCUCUCUCUCCCUCCUCCCUCCCCCCCCCCGCACGCACAUACACACACACACACGCGUGUGUGUACACCUCUAAUGUCGGACUGGAACCUCUGUGGGUUUGGUACAAGACCCACGGAGCUCAGUGUGUGAUUAAAAUGCUCAGGUGAAGGUGUGUGUGAGCAUUGCGUGCGUGUGUCCACCCAUAUGUUCCGGUUUCUACUGAAUAUGUGUCAUCAUCAUCUGUGUCCGGACGUAAACACUACAUGUUGAUACAGAAUUAUAUAUAUGUGUGAUUUGGAAAAAAAAUGAAGUGAAUUGUGUGUUUCCCGCCAUGUUCCGGUUUGGUUGUUAGAGAACACGUGAUUCUAAAUGGAAAGAUAAUUCAAGGAUUAUUGCUGCCUGUACCCGGAUAAUCCGGGAAGGGGGGGGGGUUGAAUUAAGCGAAGCUCACCACACCAACCCUCGCUUACACGGCCCAAAAGGAUAAUCAAAUCACCAUUCUCAUCUUUUAAGGCCACUAUGUCGACGGUCGUGAAUGGACUUCGAGAGGAGGAUUCCUCCCAAACCAAUACCCACGCCCACACCCAGGCCCACACCCACGCCCACAACUAUCAAGGGCGCACGCAUCGGGGUCACAUUCUACCCAUGUUAAGCUUCAGUGCUUCGACGCCCACUGAUGAAGAGAAUCCACUGGAUACGAAUCCGGUCCUAGCCAUCGACACGCCAAUUUGGGAACACCCUGAGGACGUGAUAGACUCCUCCCUGGGCACGGAGACGCCGCCGGGGCCCCAACAACACGGGGACUACAACUACAACCACCACAACACAACCCACGACGACCCAGACUCGGAAACGACCCCUCUGAUCGACGUCGACCCCGUCGACGUCGUUUUGGUCGACGGGGUGAGGGGUGAGGAGGAGAAUGAUGGGGAACUGGACGAGCGGACACCCCUUCUAGGGGGCGCUGGUGGAGGCGAUGGUGUAAGGGGUCUCGGAGGUCUGGCUUUGCCUGUCAACAUUAGCAGACGGUCGUCCUCCCAUGUGGGACUCCUGAUGGAGAACGGGGAGGCCCACCCAGACAUGGAGACCUCCAUCGCCUCCUUCCUACGCUCUAAGUCAGAGUCAGAGAACCUCACUUCAAACGUCACACCCACUAGUACUCAGACUAGGGAGACGGGCGCGGCGUCCUGUCUAGUCUCCGCCGACCCCGAGCUCUUGGACGUGGCCAAUCACUUCGUGAUGGAAAUACUGAACAGGGCGCAGCUGGAGGCCACCAAGAAGCUUCCCGCCGCCGAUAAGGUGACGCUGGUGGAGACGGAGAAGCUCCGCCCUGACGAGCGGCUGAUGGAGAUCGUCCGUCGUUUCGUCUCGGAUAUAAUGACUCAAGCCAAGGCCGAGGCUUGGGACAGUAUGCGGCAGAUUCAGACCAAUAACAAUAACGUAUUGUCCGCUAAGGUAGGCCUAUCUCUCUCUCUCUUUCUCUUUCUCUCAACCCCAAACCUCUCUGCACGCAAUCGGUUCCUACGAGGAUUGGUCCAAUCCUCUUUUUUUUGCUUUUGA